AUGGUGGAGACGCUGAGCAUCGCCGUGAUCGGAGCCGCUGGCGUGGGCAAAACUUCCAUCAUCCGCCGAUUCGUCUACGACGACUUCUCCGAGACCUACAUCCCGACCCGAGCGCGACGCGUCUACAGACCGUCGGUGGUCCUCAACGGCCACAUGUACGAGCUGAAGAUUUUGGAUGUCCCGCCAAUCGCCGCGUUUCCUUCCAGCCCUGCGCAGGAGUGGCUGGACGCACGUUGCAGAGGGGUGCGUAACGCCAGUGCCUACAUCCUGGUCUACGACAUCUGCUGCGUUGAGAGCUUCGAAUAUGUCAAGAUGAUACGACAGCAGAUUGUAGAUAACAGAGAGGGUGGCAGCAGCAGCAGCAGUAGUGAUGUUCCUAUCCUGGUGGUUGGCAGUAAGAGGGAUCUGCAGAGGCAGCGUUUCGCUCAGCGCCGCACCGUCUCCGUGCUGGUGAAGAAGACGUGGAAGUGCGGCUACGUGGAGUGUUCGGCUAAGUUCAACUGGCACGUUCUCCUGCUCUUCAAAGAGCUGCUGGGCAUCGCCGUGAACCGAGGACUCCGCCACAACCACACCUCCAUCCGCCUGCAGGGGGCGCUGCACACAAACCGCUGCUCUGUCAUGUGACUGCUCACGCCACGUCACGUGACUCGGAAAAUCCACGCUGAGAAAGGAUUCGAAUUCAUGCGAAUGCAGCUGGAUUGUUUUCGCCUCACCGGGGUUUUUUUUUUUUUCUUCUACACCACCAGAAGGAAAAAUUAAUCAAUUCCACCGUCCGAUUCCUAUAAGACAUUUUUCAUGUUUCGGAAAUUGCUUACUUCCCACAGAAGAGAGAGAGAGAGAGAGAGAGAGAGAGAGAGAGAGAGAAGAUACGGCUGGAGGGGCUUUGCCUUCGCCUGCUUCACUAUCACAGAGAUCUUAAUUUACUGUUCUCUCUCUCUCUCUCUCUCUCUCUCUCUCUCUCUCUCUCUCUCUCUCUCUCACUCACUCACACUCACACACACACACUCACACACACGCACACACCCGGCUGCGACAGCCUUCUGCAUGGCCACCUUUGCUAGCAUUUUUACAAUCUGCAGACUCUUCGUUGAGCCACAUCACUCUGACAUCAUUCGUGCAAAAUGGCUGCCAAAAUCAAACGUAGCAUCGCUAAGAAAUAACGACGAGGCAGCUGUGCUCCUCCGCUAACAUUCCUAAUUGUGUCAUUUUGCAUCACUAAAAUAAUUUAAGUUGAAAAAUAACUUGCUGGGAAAAAAUCCCCACACCUUUCCCCUCAUUAUAAACACCAGGGUCUAUGAGUAUGUAUGAUUAUGCAAAUACGGUUGACACACCAGUCCUCUUCCCAAACAGCACAGUAUUACUAACAUUAGCAAAUUAGCUAGCUAACGUCUAGUAACCUAGCUCGCAUUAAUCACUAGUGAAGUUUACUAUCAGAACUUUGACCUCGUCAGAAUAUAUAACGUUAACAUGACAACCGCAAUUUUGUUCACAAAGCUAGCUAGCUAGUUCUCUUCCGACUACCACACUGUUGUAUUCUUCUGAUGAUUUGCAUAUCGGAUCUGAUUGGUCCAAAGUCGAGAAGCGGAAUUAGUGAUGUCACAAAUCGAGUUUGAACGUAGCCCCUCCCCGAAUCAGUGUUAUACAGAAAUAAUGAGGAAAUAUUUGUGAAAAAAAUGUGAAAAUUUGCAGAAAAUGUGUUUAGGUAAGCUAGCUAGCUGUGCUAGCUCACAUGACGUGUGAGAAGGGUUUCUGUUGUCCGUAUUGAAUGCUACAGCCCAGAUAAACGUAGCCCAGACGCUUUCUCAGUAAUCCGAAUCAGUUUUACACACAAGUACUGAGAAAGUGUGAAAUUGUGCAAAAAUGUGUUAAUAAAGUUAGCUGUUGAACGAGAUUGUUCCAAGUUGUGGAGCUGUAUUAGUGACAUCACAGACUCACACGUAGCCCCGCCCCUGAAUCAGUUUUAUACAUAAAUUCUGAGAAAGUUUAAGUGGUGGCAAAUGUAAAAAAAAACUGCGUCAACAAAGUUCGCUAGAGAUUUUGUGAUAAAAUGUUUCCAUCAUCCUCUAGUAAUCUGAUUAUCGCAUGUAAUUGGCACAAAGUUGUAUUAGUGACAUCACAAAGUCACCCGUAGCCCCGCCCCUGAUUCAGUUUUGUGUAGAAAUACUCAGAAAGUCUUGAUUUUGAAAUGGGAAAAAUGGGAAAUUUAGCAAAUAAUGCGUUAACAAAUUUGACCCAAACACUUACGUCUUUAUAAUUAGAUCGUUUUAAUAAUUAAAUUCUUUUUUAUAAUGGUGUACAGGUUUUAGGAUGUCCAAAUUGUAAUACUGUCCAAAAACGGUUUGGUUUUACUUUUAAACCAGACAGACAUGCAGACAGACAUGCAGACAGACAUGCAGACAGACAUGCAGACAGACGGUCUCAUAACGGACAACAUCUUUUCAUCCAGAUAGCUAGCAUUCGUAUCACAAAAUGAACAUAUAUAUAUACAUGUGGAGUUUUUCGCAGCCAGAUUGCGCACAUUUCCUGUUUAUAUCCGUGACAGAGGGUCUACAGAAACAUCUCUAGUGCUUAAUAAACAGCGUUUACAAAAGCACAGCGAAUACAAAACAAAAACAAGUCUUCCUUCAGAGUGUUAAUGAGAUCCAGUCGUGUGUAGCUCGACACUCAUAAAAGAAACCUCUCUGACACACACACACACACACACACACACACACACACA